GCUGGAGUCUGCCCUGUGUUUCGCGCAUUUGCAGCUUCAUGCUCCGUAUAUAAAGGAGGGCCUCGGCGCAAGAAGGACGGCUGAGCGACGCAGCCUUGGGAUUAACGAUAAGCUUGCGAUCAAUUCGCGAUUUUAUUUGCUUUUUUUUUAUUUUUGUUUUUUUAUUAACGUAACAAGAGCGUGAUGUCGGAUUCUUUUGAGGUUUUAAGCUCCUGUUAGCCGUUUCCCGUGUGCUUUGGCGUCCGCUUGCUUUUCUUUUGGGUUUUUAAUACUCCGCUAGUAAUGGCGAGCUCGGCUAACUCUAACCCAGUGCCUAAACUCUAUCGGAGUGUCAUCGAGGAUGUGAUUAAUGACGUGCGGGAGCUCUUUCUGGAUGAGGGUGUGGAUGAACAGAUCCUACAGGAUUUGAAAACGCUGUGGGAGAGUAAGCUGAUGCAGUCGAAGGCGGUGGAGGGUUUCCACUCAGAAGAGCAGACCCUACAUGUGCAGCCGCAUCAGCAUGUCCCCCAGGCCCAGGUACAGGCACAGCCCCAGCAGGUCAUCCUGCCUCCCACCCAGCAAGCCCCACAACAGCAGGUCAUCAUGCAGGAUCCCAAGCUCCUCCAGCACAUGACCGUCACAGGAAUGAGUGCGGCAGCAACUGCAGCCACGCUUGCCCUGCCCACGGGAGUCGGACCUUACCAGCAGCUGAUAACCAAUCAAGGUCAGAUCCUGCAGGUAGUGAGAGGCCCCAACGGUGCCCAGUACAUCCUUCAGCCGCAGCAGCAGGUGGUGCUGCAGCCGAUGCAGCCGGGAGGAGUGCAGGCGCCAGUCAUACAGCAGGUUCUGACCCCUCUGCAAAGUGGGAUCCCCCAGCAGACUGGUGUCAUCAUCCAGCCUCAACAGAUUGUCCUGGCUGGCAACAAAGUCCAACAGAACACCCAGGUCAUGCAGGCGGCUGCGAUGACUGCGCAGGCGGGCCAGGGAGCCGUGCAGAUCCAGCCACAAGUCCAACCGCAGCAGCAGGCAGCACCGCCCCAGGCUCAGACACAGCAACCCCAGCAGCAGCAAGCCCCCGCACAGCAGCCCCCUCCCAUGAUGCUCCAGGUGGACGGGGCCGGGGAUACAUCCUCGGAGGAGGAUGAGGAAGAGGAAGACGAGUACGACGAAGAUGAAGAUGAGGACAAGGACAAGGAUGGUGGAGAGGAUGGACAGGUGGAAGAGGAGCCCUUGAACAGCGGCGACGAUGUGAGUGAUGAAGAGGGCCAGGAGCUGUUUGAUACUGAAAAUGUGGUCGUGUGUCAGUACGACAAGAUUCACAGGAGUAAGAACAAAUGGAAGUUCCACCUAAAAGAUGGCAUCAUGAACCUGAACGGAAGAGAUUACGUCUUCUCCAAAGCCAUCGGAGAUGCCGAGUGGUAGAGCAAAGGGACUCGCGCGCCUCCCGUGGGCUUGGGACGGCGCGCACAUCAGGCCCUUUACGGACUCCGUGCGUUUCGGUGUGGCAUGCGGACACGUCGCGGCACCGAGCCGCCAGGCCCCGCAAGUACGAGUGGCAACACUAUACCGCUAAAGCAAACACCCCGCCCUCCCCAUUCACACAUUGCUGAAAAAUACGCUGGUUUCUCUGUUCAUCAUGCAAAAGACUGGUGACUGUAGGAUUUUUUUAUUUUAUUAUUUUUUUUAAACAAAUUCUUUUUACUUCUGUGGUUUAUCCUAGGGCUAGUGGACCAGCUAAACUCAAAUCUGACACCCCUUUUGGUUAAACACUCAAGACCACCCUUUCUCCUCCAUGCCGGAGCCAGCAGCCCUAGUGAUUAAGGUCUGGAAUUUGAUUGGUCGGCACCAGCAGUGGGGAGCGUUUUGCAGGACGCGAUUAGUGACACUUGUCUGUUCAGCUUUUUUUUUUUUUUUUUUUUUUACUUUUCCAGCCAUGUGUUGCAGUGGAUAUUCAAGCCCUUCGUCAAACUUGUAGAUACCAUUGAGCAGAUUGCCUCGUAGGUGUAGAAUAGUACAGAUCUGGUCACCACAGAGGGUUAUGUGUGAUUGGAGUGGUUAUCAGCUGUGAUUUGACUGAACCUUUAAUGGUCUGUUUGGGGGGGGUCAUUUUCCCCAGUUGAAUUUUUUUUUUUUUUUUUUUUAUUUGCUGCACCAUUUCUCUCCUUCCCCAUGGUGUCCGAAGGUCCUGACUGGUUGCCCCCCCCCCCCCCCACCAAUAGUCAACACCGCCUCUUAGCCGACAGGUUUUACCAUCAGAUUAUCAUUCUCUUCCUCCAUAGUGUACUACAGUAACUUUUUAAUAAUCAUGUCCGCAUUCAUUAUUUAUUCCUGACAGGUUGGGGCCGUUUACUGGGGAAGGUGAGACCAUGCCAAACUGUGCUCUUAUUACAAUACAAGUGUUCCUUUUUCAAAGGGGUAUCUUUCGUUGGUUUGAUUUGUGUUUGUUCAACCUUUUAAUCGGAUCUUCUGUGUUGUACUUGAAUUCUAAUCAUGAGUUUUAUCUUGUUAGGACUUUCAUCCUGAGACUUUUUUUCCCCUUGCAUUUUGUUUUAACAGUGCAGUAUUGUGUAAUUUUAGAACAAUGAAAGGGCAUGUGAUUUUUUUUCUUUGUGUUUUUUUUUUUUUAACUUCACACACUGCUUGUUAGGUCUGUGCUGUCACGGCUUUGAGAAAUAUAUUCUGCCUGAUGAGCUGAUAUGCACAAUAUUUUAUAGUACACGACGAGGGGCUGGGAUUCGAUUUAAAUUUGGACCACUGAAUUGCGAGGGCCAAUGUGGUCCCUGGCAGUUGGCAGAGUUUUUAAAGACGGGGGGUUUCUCCAGUUUUUCAUUUUACCUGUUAUUUCAACGGCAGAGGCGUUUUAUCGUAGCUUGUUGUGUUUGUCUGUCCAAGCGUACCUUCUCAUAGUUUGUGCCUUGCAGUUUAUUUCUGCGUUCAGGUAUUCAGAGGAAGUUUAAUUGGGAGCCCUGGGGGGAUGUUUUGAAAGGAAGUCAUUUGAACGUUCUGUGUCAGCUUAACCUUACCACAAUAAACCUGUUUUCUACUGUG